AUGUCAUCGCCGGAUCCUCUCAACGAUUCGACGAGGGCAGAGCUUGCCUCGUUGCCCCCCUCCUCAGUAACCCGCCGUGUCACGCGGAGUCAAUCGUCGCAAAGAUUUCUGGCGCUCGGCAGUUCGCCUAGAAAGCAAAUGUUCGAGUUACAGGUUGGCGAUCGAACCUCGCCACAGCGCCUGCUGGUCACGGUCGAGACGGAAGCACAGGAACAACAAAAUCCUGUUGGGAGUAACGCCAAGCGCAAGCUAUUUCAACAGCCAGUUACCACGUCGUCAACACCUGCGCGGCGAUUAAGAGGACAAACUACCACCACAACUAUACCACUACGAGAAUCGAUAGAGGAAGAAGGCGGCGACGCGACAACGCCAAAACCGCGCGGCCGACAACGCAAGUCGAAUGGAACGCCCAUGCCGAGCGCAGGCACCAAAAGGCGUGCAGCAACUCCUGUCAGGAGAACACCUCGUCGCCCGCGAACAACGACAAGCGUAGAUGGCGAGGAGCCUUCAUCAGAAGCCAGUGAGGCGGCAAGCGUGCAGGCCACGCCGACACCGCGACGACGUAAUUUGCGACCACGUAAAACUCCGAGCGCAGGCCCCACGCCAGUGAUUUCGAGCGAAGCUGCAGCCGACAACACUCCCCGAGCAUCAACAGUGAGAAGAGGCAGGCGUAGGCGACAGGCAUUGGCGCCCGAUGAAUUGCUCGAACUCGCAGACGAAGUUGGCGACAUCAAUCUAGACACAACACAGUUGCCGCCAGUGACAAGUGAAGAUGAGGUAGAUCUUGUCAAGGCACCCUCAGAUUCGACAGAUGAUGAAUCCAGCGACGCGCCGGAUACUGUCCCCGCUGUGGCCUCUGUCGCGCCGUCGUCUCCGUCACCUAAUUAUACGCCAGCGGGAGCGGUUGCAGAGCCUGAUUCGGAUAUUUGGAUAGGAAACAUGUCGAAUGAGGCCACCCCACGCGCCGCAACUCAGGCGCGGAGAGAUGUCAUUCCAGAAUCGUCACCUCGGUUUCCGCCGACCACGUUUACGGAACAGCAACCGGAUCCCGACGUCGAGACCUCUCAAGCGGGUGAUUACGGUGACUACGGCUAUGGAGAACUUGGAGCAGCUGCCAGUGACCGAUCUUCGAUUGAUGAACCGCUUGGGGAUGAGGAGCCUACUACAACUACUGGACCGGCUGCCUAUGAUACGAUAGCUCAGGGAGAAGACUUUAGUAUGAUAUUUAUGGACUCAAUACCCUCGCUACAAGCCGAUUUCAACAGCUCUGUGCAUCCGAUUGUGCAUGACGAGUUGGGCGAAGAGACGAGUAUGCUUAUCAACAAUACCUUGGAGUCUCUUCGACAAGAGGCAGAGGCAGAGGUUUCCCACGAAGACGAUGAUGCGGUAGAUGCCAUUGAACCGGCUGAGGAAGAAGUGGCCGAGGAGCCUGCCGUCGAACGAGAGACAACACCAAUUCGCCAAUCAUCAUCACCGCAUCGGCCGAGCCCGAGUUGGUCACGUAGUCCUCGAAAGAUUACCAAUUCUUCACCGCUGAGGCAUCGUGUUUUGAAGCAGAAUGCGUGGCAGACAGGAGAGUCCGCCAUUGCGCAACAAAUGCGAGAUGCUGAACCCCAGUCAUUACCUGCUGCUGAUCGCCAUCUUCGAAAUGAAGACAUUGCAGAGCAAGAUGUUUCCAACUCGUAUGAAGACUCCUUUUCUGAGAUCCCGGAAGCCGUGCUUGCCGCAGCCACCCCUCGACGGCCACAAGUCAGUAUCACUUACGAUGACUUGGAUGAUGAAGUAGAUCAAGUGGAAAUGAUUGACGAGAAUGGCGAUGAGAUGACUGACGAAGAGUUGCAUCAAGAUAAUGAGCUUGUUGAAGAAGUGGAAGAACAGGUAGACGCUUCUGCGGCGGAUGAAGAGCAAGAUAUUCGAUACCCCGAGCUUCCUCAGCAGAUGAUGGAAUUUGAAGAUGACGAGGCUGAAGAAUCAGAUGAGCUCCAUGGCGAAGAUGCGAAAGGACUCGAAGCAGAAGGUAGCUUGGAGGAGAUUGGAGACGAUUCCGCAGGGGAGGAUGAGAAUCACAAACUACGUGUGAUUCAAGACGAGGAGCAAGAAGACGAAGGAGUCCAAGAAGAGGACGAGGAAGAAGCGCUUCUUGAACAGGAGUCCGAGUCCGAGUCCGAGCUAGAACCGGUGCAAGAGUCCCUACAAGAGCCGGUACAGCAUCCAGAGCCACAACAAGCUGUGCCUUUGGAAGUGAACUACGACCAAGAGCAGGAGGAUGGCUACGAAGAAGACGACGAGGAUAUGAAUGACAUUGAGCCAUCUGAAUCGGAUCUAGGACAAGAAGUGGCAGAGACGGAGCAAAUGACUGGUGCGCGGCAACAAGAUGGAGAUGAUAGUGAAGAGGAAUUAGAGGAACCUGAAACGGAGCAAGAGGACGAUAUGCAAGAUGAUCUUAUUGUCCCAACCCAGCUGCCCGAACAAGAUGAAAAUUAUCUGGACGAAGAAGACAUGGACCAAGAGGCAGAUGAGGAGGACGACAUGGAAGAGGAUCUUGUCGUCCCAACCCAGAUGCCCGAAGACGAUGAGAACUACCUGGACGAAGAAAUGGACCAGGAGGGAGAGGAGGAGGAAGUCUUGGGUGACAAUAAUGCAGCAGCAGCAUCUGUUGCCAGCACAACUGCUCCAUCUGACCCAACGCGUCUACCGACUCCGGAUCAUACUCCUCCCCAGGUCGAUUUCCAAAUAGCAGACGAUACUGCCGAAAAGUCAACUCAUGGAUCAAGGCCUCCUUCGCGACUUCGGUCGUCGCCUAGGUCUCCUGAACAGACCCAGAAUGUUCCUCGUAUCACAGUUGAGCUGCCCCAAGAAGCUGAGCAGCUGCAAGAAGAACCGGAGGAUGAGGAAAUGGAACAUGAGGAGGACCCAGAGGAGAGCCUCUUUGUCCAGGAUUCUCAGCAUGAAGCGCUGACCGCCGGAGCCAGUCGACCAUCACUGGAUGCAACUCCUCCGCACCAAAUCUCGUCACCGGUCCAAGAACCUCUGUCGCUUCAACACGAGGCACUGCUCGACAAGACGUUACGUCCGCACCUUUCCACAAUAAUUCGGGCGGGGCGGGUUCUCCAAAGCAUCACUUCGGACCCGCCAUCCCCCGAAGGGCGAGAGAAGCAGUUGGGUAGUCCGUUUAGAAGAUCCGGCAGCAAAGAUUCUUGGAGUGGCUCGCGAGACAGCCAGACGAGUCGUCGAAUGAGCAGGAGCCCUCUUCAAGCUCGUAGUGCUGCUCCGACUAGCGCGAAAAUGGACAGCCCUGCGCAGCACGAGGGUCCUGGGUCUGGUUCGGGAGCCGUGAGGUAUCCUAGUUUCUUGAGUCCGGUUCGUCGCAGCAAGGAGCCUUCCGUGGAAAGACAUAGAUCGCCAUCAAGACACUCUCCGGCCAGCUCUAUGCACAUUACACCCCCGAGCGAUGGGGCAUUAAGUUGGGUUGAGAGAGAGGGACCGAUUAGUCCGAGCCUGCGAGGUGACAACUCUCUCCGAGAGGCGGCAGGGUUGCCAGACGUUGGUGUCGGGCGGCCUGGAACUGUUGCAACCGCUGACACCAACACCGCGGUUGAGAAGCCGGUACCUGAACCUCCUCGCGAGCCUUCGCCAGUGGUAUCAAAAGAGCCGGAGCAGGAUCCGGAGCAGGAUGCUCGAGAUGAUGAUACCGACAUUUGGGAACUGGAAGCACAGCGGGAAACGCCGAGAUCUGUUCGGCAACAACCCUUUGGCAAGCGUGUAGCAACCAGCAAUAACCGCCGUGGAGCGAUCCCAAGCCCGUGGACCAAGCGGAGUGUUCAUCGGCCUGCGAUUUCGCGAAUGAUUUCUCAGGCAGUACCAGAUCUAUCUCAUCUUACGGAAGAGCCAAGCGUGAUGCCCGACCAACCGCCUCAAGCAAGCUCGCCUGACGAAUACUCUCGGCUUGCUCAGAGUCAAAAGGAAGAAGCCGCAGCCAAGAAUGUUUCCAACGCUCCAGAAUCUGCAGCCAAGGCGAGCAAACUCGACCUUUCGUCAUUCUUCUCGUCUCCCGCAACGAUUCCAGGCAUGUUGGCCCAGAAGCUUAUGCCAGCAAAAACACAGCCCGCAGCUCAAAUGGGAGUUCCGUCUAUGGCCAUGGCUGCACAGGCCCCUCCAGUGGUCCCAACGAGUUCCAUGUUUCCACAAAUUCCUCAGAAGGAAUUUCGACCUGACAGCAGCAACAGGAGCAGCUUAUUCUCGCCGGUCCGGCGUAGACAGCCUUCUGCUCCUCAGCAACAGAAGGAAGCAUCGCCGGAAGAAGCACCCACGCCUCAAAAGCAGCUUGAUCCCCCCGCGGAAAGAUCCUCUUCGCCAGCUACGCCCGAGCAAAUCCUGAUGCCGGCUGUCUCCCAGAAGCAGAAUUUCACUCCCCGGCCCAGACAAGCAAGCAACUCUUUCUUCCAGCCUUCUUCCAACCCGUCUGCGGCCGUCACACCUCCCCGGAUGCAGCUCUCGCAUGCGGACAUCCACAGGUGGACACAGCAAACCUCCAACGCAAGCGAAGCGUCUUCCGACUUCCAGCGUCCUCUUCUCCGGCCCUUACCGCCCAAGAACGCAUCUCCCACAAAAUCCAGCCUUCGCUCGCCUCUCAAACCCCAUACGCCUGGCCGCGUGGUCGAAUUCACAAGCUCGGUCCUCUCACCCGCCGAACAAGCAAAGGCGCGUCACGACCAGCGCUCCUCACACUCCAACUCCAUCCUCUCACAGGAUUUCUUUGCUGCCCCUUCCACAACUCUACCCAAUGUGCAAGAUGACAAAGAGAACGCCUCCAUAGACGACAUCUCCAUGGAAGACGCACCACCACUCACCAAGCCGCCUCCCCCUGAACCUCUGUCACAAACUAUCUGGUCCCGCCAGCACUGGCUGCUCCUCGAUGAACUGCUACAGUAUCGUCGCUCAUCACCAUAUCCCGUAAAUUACGCCCACAGAGCGGAACAGUAUCUCGGCAAAACGGUUAAGAGCCACGGUGAGGCGAUGACGCUCGAAAGAUGGCAUAUAGACGUCGUAGAUGCAUUUAAGGGCGAAGUAGGGGGCUGGGAUGAAGGUGCUUUGGUGAAGAGGUUGUUUGCCCUUAUUUUAGGCGAGGAGAGACGAACGCAAGCGAGGGAGGUGGUCGAACGAAGGGUCAUGUUUCAUUGA